AUGAGACAAGUAAUUUUCAUCUUCCUUGCCGUUGUCAUCCUAUCAGUAAUAUUUUUAUUGAAUAUCGGAUCAAGUGUGAAAUGUAAUGAACCAUCAUCUUUAUCCUCUUCAUCUUCAUCAUCUCCAUCAUCAUCAUCAUCUAAAUUAACAUCUAAAGAUAAUAUUAUUAUUGCUGCUGAUGAAUUAUUUGAACAAUUUUCAUCAAAUAUUCAAAAUUCAUUAACAUUACCAAUUAAAAAACUUGUUAAUUUAAUAUCCAAAUCCAAUAAUAUUAAAUUUGAAAAGAUUGAAAGAAUAAUUAAAAAAGUACUUCCUAAUUAUCUUGUUCAAAGUUAUUCACCUGAACAAGAGAGUGAUCAUUUAUUUUUAGAUAAUUUCCAUAUUGAGACAAAUUAUCAAUUUCAAAAAAGUACUGAUGAAUAUUCUGCAUUUGAUAUAAUGACAAAACAAGAACAGAAUUUAAUUUUAUUCAUUUUAGGAACAGCUACUAGAACAUUUACUGAUAUAUUUGGAAAUAAUUUUAUUAGUCAACCUGAAAAUGCAUAUUUAAAAAAUUUAAUUGAAUUUUCAGAUCAAGAAAAUUAUGAACAUGAUUUAAUUAGAUUAAAAGUUAAAUUAUUCUUUAAAGAAGUUGAAAGAAAUAUCAAAGAAGGAAAUUCUAAAGAAAAGAUUGGAUGGUUAUUUAAAAAAUCAUAUAAGAGAUUUAAUGAUGAUUUAUUUGAAUUUGAUAGUCAAUUAUUUACAACAACAUAUCCAUUGGGUGAUUGUUCAAAUAUUAGAGGUAUUUUAUUUGUUGGUGGAUUAUAUACUGAUUGGUAUCCUUUCUAUUUUGAUGGAUUGAAAGAAUAUUUAAAAAAUUGUAAAGCUGAUUUUAAAAUUUCACAAGUUGAUACUGGAAAAGGUGUUGAAUCAAAUGCUGAAUUUUUAAAGAAUGAAAUUAUUGAAUAUUUUAAUGAAUUGAAUAAUAUUACAACAAGUAGAGUUAAUGAAAAUAAUGAAAAUAACAAUGAACAACAACAACAACAACAUUCAACAAUUAAUACUAAUAAUAAUAGUAAUAAUAAUAACAAUGAUAAUAACAAUGAUAAUAAUAAUAACAUGAUAAAUUCAGAGGAGAAGGAAACUAGUUCAGAAAUGAAUCAAAAAUUACUAGUUAUUGGACAUUCUAAAGGAGCAUGUGAUAUUACCUAUGCAUUGGCUAAAUAUGAAAAUGAAUUGAAACCCUAUGUUAAAGGUUUAAUUUCACUUCAAGCUCCAUACGCAGGAAGUGCACUUGCCAAUGAUAUAACUGAAUUUGGAGCUGCUAAAAUUCUUUUACUUAAAAUUUUAAUUGAAGAUGUUUUGGGAGGUGAAUUAAAAGCCAUUGAAGAUAUGAGUUAUAAUGAGAGAAUGAAACAAGUUACACAAUAUCCAUAUCCAUCAUCAACAUUUCCAUGUAUAGCUAUGAGUUCUUAUGAAAAUAGUCCUAAUUCAUUAUUAUAUCCUGCCAUAUCAUAUUUAAAAGCAAGAUAUAAUGUUACUAAUGAUGGUCUAGUUCCAACUAUGGAUGGAUAUAUUCCUGGAUGUAAAAAUAUUAUUAUUAAGGAUAUGGAUCAUUCAGGUUCUGCUUUUACAGGUUUUCCAAAUCUUUCAAAAUAUGAUCCAGCUCAAUUAUCUUUAACUUUUAUUCACAUGUGGAAUCAUUACUUUACAAAAAAUGAUUAA